AUGCCGGACCAGAUCUCCGUGUCGGAAUUCGUGGCCGAGACCCAUGAGGACUACAAGGCGCCCACGGCCUCGAGCUUCACCACGCGCACGGCGCAGUGCCGGAACACGGUGGCGGCCAUCGAGGAGGCUUUGGAUGUGGACCGGAUGGUUCUUUACAAAAUGAAGAAAUCCGUGAAAGCAAUAAAUAUCUCUGGGCUGGCUCAUGUGGAAAAUGAGGAGCAGUACACCCAGGCUCUGGAGAAGUUCGGAGGCAACUGUGUGUGCAGAGAUGACCCAGAUUUAGGAAGUGCGUUCCUGAAGUUCUCGGUGUUUACAAAGGAGUUGACAGCACUUUUCAAAAACCUGAUUCAGAAUAUGAACAACAUCAUCUCCUUCCCUCUGGACAGUUUGCUGAAAGGAGACCUGAAAGGAGUGAAAGGGGAUCUGAAAAAGCCUUUUGAUAAAGCUUGGAAGGACUAUGAAACAAAAAUAACCAAAAUUGAAAAAGAGAAGAAGGAGCAUGCCAAACUGCAUGGGAUGAUUCGCACCGAAAUCAGCGGGGCUGAAAUUGCCGAAGAGAUGGAGAAGGAGCGGCGGCUUUUCCAGCUACAGAUGUGCGAGUAUCUGCUGAAGGUCAAUGAAAUUAAGAUUAAAAAGGGAGUGGAUUUACUUCAGAAUCUGAUCAAAUAUUUUCAUGCCCAGUGCAAUUUCUUCCAGGAUGGACUGAAAGCAGUUGAGAGCCUCAAGCCUUCCAUUGAGACACUUUCAACAGACCUUCACACAAUCAAACAGGCCCAGGAUGAAGAAAGAAGGCAACUGAUACAGCUUCGAGAUAUUUUGAAAUCAGCAUUGCAGGUUGAACAGAAAGAGGAUUCACAAAUUCGCCAGAGUACAGCCUAUAGUUUACAUCAGCCUCAGGGAAACAAAGAGCACGGGACUGAGCGGAACGGCAAUCUCUAUAAAAAGAGCGAUGGGAUCCGAAAAGUGUGGCAGAAAAGGAAAUGUUCAGUUAAAAAUGGUUUCCUGACCAUAUCCCAUGGCACCGCUAACCGGCCUCCUGCAAAGCUCAACCUAUUAACCUGCCAAGUGAAGACCAACCCUGAGGAGAAAAAGUGUUUUGACCUUAUUUCACAUGACAGGACGUACCACUUCCAAGCGGAGGACGAGCAGGAAUGUCAAAUAUGGAUGUCUGUGCUGCAGAACAGCAAAGAAGAAGCUUUAAACAAUGCAUUUAAGGGGGAUGACAAUACCGGGGAAAAUAACAUAGUCCAAGAGCUGACAAAGGAGAUCAUCUCCGAAGUGCAGAGGAUGACGGGCAAUGACGUGUGUUGCGACUGUGGGGCACCAGAUCCUACAUGGCUUUCCACCAAUCUGGGCAUCCUGACCUGCAUUGAGUGCUCUGGAAUCCACCGGGAGCUCGGGGUUCACUAUUCGAGGAUGCAGUCCCUCACGUUAGAUGUUUUAGGAACAUCUGAGCUGCUGCUUGCCAAGAAUAUUGGGAAUGCAGGCUUUAAUGAGAUUAUGGAGUGUUGCCUUCCAGCUGAAGACUCGGUCAAACCCAACCCGGGCAGUGACAUGAAUGCCAGAAAGGACUACAUUACUGCCAAGUACAUCGAGAGGAAAUAUGCAAGGAAAAGGCAUGCGGAUAAUGCAGCAAAACUUCACAGCCUUUGUGAGGCCGUCAAAACAAGAGAUAUUUUUGGAUUACUCCAAGCGUAUGCUGACGGUGUGGAUCUUACAGAAAAAAUCCCACUGGCCAACGGACAUGAGCCAGAUGAAACUGCCCUCCAUCUUGCAGUCAGAUCGGUGGACCGGACUUCUCUCCACAUUGUAGACUUUUUAGUUCAGAACAGCGGGAACCUGGACAAACAGACGGGGAAAGGCAGCACCGCCCUGCACUACUGCUGCCUGACGGACAACGCCGAGUGCCUCAAGCUCCUCCUGCGCGGGAAGGCCUCCAUCGAGACCGCCAACGAGUCCGGAGAGACGCCACUGGACAUCGCCAAACGCCUCAGGCACGAGCACUGCGAGGAGCUGCUGACCCAGGCCUUAUGUGGGAGGUUUAACUCUCACGUCCACGUCGAGUACGAGUGGCGACUGCUCCACGAAGACCUGGAUGAGAGCGAUGACGAUGUGGACGAGAAAUUGCAGCCCAGCCCCAGUCGGCGAGAGGACCGGCCCGUCAGCUUCUACCAGCUGGGCUCCAACCAGCUGCAGUCUAAUGCUGCAUCUUUGGCCAGAGAUGCCGCCAGCCUAGCCAAGGACAAGCAGAGGAGCUUUGUGCCCAGCAUCUUACAGAACGAGACGUAUGGCGCGAUCCUCAGUGGCAGCCCGCCUCCCACCCAGCCUGCGGCCCCCAGCACUGCCAGCGCCCCCCCACUGCCCCCACGGAACGUUGCCAAAGUUCAGACAGCCUCCUCCGCUACUGCCCUGUGGAAGACAAACUCUGUAAGUGUGGACAGUGCAAGCAGGCAGCGAUCUUCGUCAGAUCCGCCAGCUAUCCAUCCACCGCUGCCCCCUCUCCGCGUGACAUCUACCAAUCCCCUGGCUCCCACUCCGCCCCCUCCAGUAGCAAAAACGCCCAGUGUGAUAGAAGCCUUGAGCCAGCAGAGCAAGCCGGCCCAGCCUGGGAUCCCACUGAGCAAAGCCCCGCCUCCGCCACCCAGCCGCCUCCCCCAGAAGAGGCCUGCUCCCGGGGCUGACAAGUCGACCCCACUGAUGAACAAAGGCCAGCCAAGAGGACCUGUGGAUCUCUCUGGAACAGAAGCUCUGGGUCCUCUGUCCAACACUGCCGUCCUGCAGCCCCCAGCCCCCAUGCCCAGGAAGUCACAGACAACCAAGCUAAAGCCCAAGCGGGUCAAAGCUCUCUAUAACUGUGUGGCCGACAACCCAGAUGAGCUGACGUUCUCCGAGGGGGAUGUGAUUAUCGUGGAUGGGGAGGAAGACCAAGAGUGGUGGAUUGGCCACAUUGACGGAGAUCCCAGCCGCAAAGGAGCAUUUCCCGUAUCAUUUGUGCACUUUAUUGCUGACUGAAUUGCUACUGAACAAAAACACUUCUUUUAACAGUUAUGUUCCUGUUUGUUAUUGGUACCAAAACUCUUGCCAGAUGACCAGUUUCAUGAAAUGUAUUGUCCGGUAGCCCACUUUCUCUAACUCUGCUCUUCUG